AUGAAAUGGAAACCAAAUGAUCAAUCAUUGUCUAUUCAUAUCAAUGCUGCUCUACGAGAAGAAAAUCGAGAUCAACUCAUUCCUUAUUCGUGCUAUUUAAAACUUGUUCUAACCGCUCUGCGACAACUGCCAUCAGUCAAAAGGACUGUAUGGUGUGGUGUUAAAGCUGACUUGAGUGCUCAAUAUCUGAUUGGCAAAGAAUUCGUCUGGUGGGGAUUCAGUUCGUGUAUUGAAUCACUCCAACUUCUUGAACAUGACAAGUUUUUGGGCAAGACAGGAGUAAGAACAUUGUUUAGUAUCGAAUGUGAAACCGGGAAAUCUAUUCGUGCUCAUUCGUCUUACAAAGGAGAGGAUGAAAUUCUUUUUUUACCGGCUACGCGAAUGAAAGUAAUCAGCCGUGCUGACUUUGGCAAUGGCCUAGUUAUCAUUCAUUUGCGAGAGAUUUAACCGCAAUUUCCUCUUCAACCACCGUUUACUUAACUCUAUUUCAUCUAUCAUUCUGUUACAUAUCUCAGAAUAAUUUCUUAUUGAAAAAAGUAAUACAUGACUGUAUCUUUGAUGCAUUGAUUCUUUCGAAUGAGAAAGUUGUCACAAUAAAACCAUGCACUAACUAACAACUCGUCUCAUGAUGCAAGCAACCUGAUAAAACUAUCGUAGCAAGUGAUUUUAAUAAUGUCCAGUCAAUGUAGAAGUCGUGAGACAGAGAAAGAUGUACUUGUUUGCGAGAGAAUGGGCCCUCGGCGACGCGUGUUUCUGCUCUACCAAACAUUGUUCGAUGAAUGAAUGAUCGUACUGUCUUCAAAUGAAAAACUUGGGUGUGGGUGUCAUUUUCCUCUUUAAUCACACCCACACCCACACCCUCACGCUGAGGAUGCACCUGUGAAGGCGAGUAAGUGGUACUACUCUUACCAUCAAACCCACAAAAGCAAAGAUAUGCCUACAUUUCAUAAUAUCAUCAAAUCAUCCAAAGUCGUCAAACAAACAUGAUUCAGUGUGCUUCUUAUAAUACAAACAGGGGUGCAGGUGUGGGUGUGGUGUGCUUGUAAUUAAAGAGAUCCCAGUCACAUGCGCACUGGCAGGCACACCCACACCCUUGAGCAUUAAUGUGAGAGUUCGAAGUUGAUAGUCUAAGAGUAUAUGCCCUUAAUCAUCAUACUUACUCAGUCAACUUUUCUAUUAUAUUCAUUCACACUCAAGCGCAUACUUUCACUUAACCGAGUAAGGCAGUUGUGAAUCACGACACGCGCUGAUUUCAUUCAAUUUGAUUUAUGCCAGAAUUGAGAGAAUUUUAUGAGAUACAGUUUAUCUCAGUUGAUAAAAGUAUGAGCUCACGAUGACAUCACGCUCUUGCGUUCAACACUCUUUUGAUUUCUUUAAUAUUUCUAAAUAACUAUAAAGUCUGGGUCAAAAAGUUAUCACUGAAGCGUUUUAUUGAUAGUUAUAGAAUGAAACUUUAGUUAUGACAUUGUUGUCAUUUGUGACAUAUACGACAUGAAUUGGAUUGUAUAUUCGAUCUUGCUGUUCAUUUUUUGCAUUGUAUGGAGAUAAAUCUAUGAUAGAAAUGAAAGAAAGAAGAGAAAAGAUAGAUUUUGUGAUAAUUCGAUUUAAAUUUAAUAACUAAACUUACUACUAUCAAAUUCUAAAAUUUUUUGAUAUGCUGCUUAGAAUGCCGAUCCAUCUAAUUCAGACCCGUUGUUUAUGUUCGGACAUUAUUUGAUAAAUAUUUCAAAUACAAAUCGACCAAUAUCAAAUUAAUAAUUCUUUUUUUUAUAUCUUAAAAUGUCGUCAACAUUUAUAUGAGAAGAAAACAAAUAGUAGUUUACUAUUUUCAUCGUCUUAUCAACAGAAAAUGUCUAUGCUAUACGAAGUUAAAAAUAAAGAGCACUUUAAACCGACAUAAGACAGACUCAACCAUAUUUUUGGUUUCAAUUUUUGAAAUGUAAAGUCAAAAACGUACAUUUCUAUGUACUAUAAGUAGUCAAGACACUCACAUCUGCUUCAUCGAAAUGUUCGCUGUAAAUCAAUGAUCAUGUUAUCGUCUGAAACCAUCAUAAGCAUUUAUGAUCGAACUAUUUUCUCCAUAUAUCUUUUAACAAAAAUGAAUACAGAAAUAUUGCACCUUGGCAGUUAUUGAUCGAUUGAUUAAAGUAUGUUGUAUGCAAUAAUCUAUUUGUACUGAAGUUGAAGUUACCAUUAGUUUGGAUGGAGCUAAUCUAAUGUGUUGGGAUACAAGAGUUCACAAUUAACUUGAUAGUCGAAAAACUAAGGCUUUUCGUUUUUUCUCAUGUCAUAAAGAAAUACAAGAGCUUAUAUUCAACUCUAGUAGUACAGACUCUGUUUUUUUAAUCUUAAGUGCAUUGUGAUUGUUGUCUUCUUUCUAAUAUAAGUACAACAUCGAAUCUAGUUAAGGAUGAGGCAGUGUGAUACCCACACUCAUAGACUCAAGUAAAAAGAACUUUUUCAAAUAUGAAAAUGCUCACUUUUUUCAGCACGAAUAGUUGUCUCCACUUGAACUACAAUGAUGAAGUAAUUGAAUUGUUUUGAUGCAAAUGUGGCUCUUCGGCAAAUUAAAGGACGGAGGACGUUUUACGUGCAUUUCGGCCCCCCAAGAAAAUGAAGACAGAUU